AUGAGUAAAAAAUUCUUUGGAAAAAUAACUGAAGGGAUUAGUCCUUAUAUAUGGAAGAAUAAUUUUUAUUCUUUGAACUUAUUUAAGAGCUAUCCACCUGUUUUCAGCUGUUUAUCUAAAAGAUGUGUUUCAACAAAUAAAAUCGAGAAAAAAAUCACUAACAACAAUGAUAAAAAUGUUAUGUAUAAAAGUUAUAAUGACAGAUUAAAAGAAGAUAUAACACCCUUAAACUUAAUAAAAAGUUUACCAUCUAUUAAUCAUUAUUUUAACAUUUUUGAUAUGACUAAAUUUGCUAUAAAAUAUGUUCUUAGUUAUAGAUUUUUUUUUAUUUAUAUGGCAAGAACUACAUUUCAGGCAGUUAGACCACUUAUGGCUUUUUGUGUUUUUGGAGAAUUAAUGAAACUAAUAUUAGCUACAAUGACAAGUGGUAUUUUUGCUUUUUUCUUUUCUUUUGUUUUAGCUUUUGAAGUAUUAUACUUUUUUUUACAAUGUUACAUAUCAUAUACAUUUUUAACUAUGUUCUUUGAUGUUAUGUUUUAA